AUGGAGACUAAGACAAUUUUCAAGGCAUUUUUCAUAAUCACCACUUUAGUGUCAUAUGUGUAUCCAAGUUUGGGUCAAGAAGAUGUUGACGAUGAACCACUGGUCAAUCCUGCUCGCAAGUUUGAUACAUUGUAUGCGACGUCGCCAGCUUCGGAAGAUUACGAUAAUUAUAUUCUAAAGAACCUCCCACCAAAAUACAAAACAUAUAUAGGAACAUGCAUGGGCAAGAUGGGGUAUAUUGGUGUUAAGAAAUGUGGUGAUGAUGUUCUUAAAGAAAUUCUUACCAAUGAACCUGUUUCAAGAGAGUGUUGUAUGGAGGUAGUAAGAGCUGGAAAAAAAUGCCAUAUGGCAAUUAAUAAGUUGAUGUUUCGAUUUUAUCAACUCAAACGUUUUGCUUCUCAAGUUUCUUUCAAAAUUAAUGAUGUUUGGAAUAGAUGUUCUGCUGAAGUUGAAAGUCCUUCAUCAUCUGAUGAUGACACAAUUUAG